GGCAGCAUUUCGCCAGAGUCCUCGAACUCUCGCUUUUUUUUUCUUUUUUAAUGUAUUUAUGUUUUAAAUUCACUGCAUAGUAUCAUUAGCGUGCCCACCAUGUCAGACACGGCCGUGGAUACCAGCUCCGAGAUCACCACCAAGGACUUAAAGGAGAAGAAGGAAGCUGUGGAGGAGGCAGAGAAUGGAAGAGAUGCACCUGCUAAUGGCAAUGCUAAUGAGGAAAAUGGGGAGCUGGAGGCUGACGAUGAGGUGGAUGAAGAAGAGAAAGGAGGAGAGGAGGAGGAAAAUGAUGGUGAUGAAGAGGAGGCAGAUGAAAAUGAGGAGGCUGAGACAGCUACAAUGAAACGGGCAGCUGAAGAUGAUGAGGAUAAUGAUGUUGAUACCACAAAGCACAAGGCCAAUGAGGAUGACUAG